AUGGCUCAUCCAAUCUUUUGCAUUUUAAUAGCAUUCUUGUUUAGUGUUCAGAUCCAUGAGUUUGCUGGUUAUGCAGGAGCUCAAAAUGUUGGUGUAAACUAUGGCAGAGUUGCUGAUAAUCUUCCACUUCCACCUCAAGUAAUCGAUCUAUACAAAUCGAGAAACAUUCAAAACAUUCGAAUUUUCGAUCCGCAACCCGACACUUUAGCAGCACUCCAAAAUUCAGCAAUUCCAGUCAUAAUUGGAGUUGUAAACAAUGAUCUUCCAACUCUCGCAGCUGAUGCUACAGCCUGGGUUCAAGCUAAUAUUGUUCCGUACGCAGUAAACGUAAAUUUCCGUUGCAUAUCGGUCGGAAACGAGGUUAUUCCAGGGGAACUAGCCGUUCAUAUUCUCCCUGCAAUGCAGUCAAUUCAAAGAGCAGUAGCAGCCGCGAACCUGUUGAUUCCUGUGUCGACUGCAGUAUCCCAAGCGGUGCUUGGAACAUCGUACCCUCCUUCGGCAGGAGCUUGGAGUGCCGAAGCAGGACCUAUAAUUGAACCAAUAGUUAAAUUUCUACAAGAAAAUAAAUAUCCUCUGUUAUGCAAUGUCUACCCUUAUUUCGCUUAUGUUAGCGAUCCCGAGCAUAUCCGGCUCGAUUACGCCUUGCUCAGCAGCACCGAGGUGAUUGUGGUGGAUGGGGACUUUAAAUAUACGAAUUUGCUCGACGCCCAAGUUGAUGCUACGUAUGCUGCAUUGGAGAAAUCCGGAUGUAACGACGUAGAGAUCAUCGUGAGUGAAACGGGAUGGCCGUCAGCCGGUGGAGAUCCUGCGAUAGCUAGUGUGAUUAACGCGCAAACGUAUAAUAAUAACGUUGUUGCUCGGGUGAAAGCGGGUACUGGCACGCCGAGGAGGUCCGGAAGGGUACUUCAAAGUUAUAUAUUUGCUACAUUUAAUGAAAAUUUGAAACCAGCUGGGAUUGAGCAAAAUUUUGGAUUGUUUAAUCCGGACAUGACAGAGGUCUAUCAUGUCAAUUUUUAAGACAAGAACUCAAGAACACAAGAACAUAAUAACACAAGAUUAGGAUAUUGAUUUCAUAUUUAAGUUUGAAUAUGAAUUUGAAUAAAAGUGAAUUUGCAUAUUCACAAUUUUUUGAAGAAAAAAAUGGCAUGUAAUGCACCUGUGCCCAAGAAUGAGGCGAGUUCUCAA